CACACGUGCCACCCUACAAGCCCAUACGCAAGCCCUUCCAAGCAAGCAUAGAAUCGAUUGAUGCAGCCGAUCUGUUCCCUCGCACCGCUUUACUGCUCACACGGUGCUGCAGGAAAGAAAGAGCGAUUGUAGCGCUGUCCCGUUCGGUUGAGUGCACGCACCGCCCGUUACCGUGUCUUUCUCCACACCGCCUGCACCGCUUCUUCGGGUCCCACAUGCUCACUUCUUCGAAUGGCGUCCGAUUGUUGUGUGUGCCCAUCGCGAAAUCUCCAUCUUUGAAACGUUUUUGCCCUCGGUCCUUGGCCAUCACGUUCCGCACACACACACACACACGCGCACACGGUGAUUGUGAAUCGUCGAAGGGUGUUUUAUUUAUUUCGUCGCUGCUGGACCUACCUCUCGAUCCGGAUUCGGGAACGUGCGCUCUCGGUUGCGUCCCCCGGGUUCUGCAAACGCGUCCGCGCGGUCAUAAGCUCCACCAACGUCCGACCGCCAGUCACCAAUCCGCAACGAGCGUGACGUUCCCUGCGAAUGCAGAUGGCUUCCGCCGACAGCAGGAACGCACCCUAGGGCACUGGUAACCCCCCGUAAUGGGCAGUGAACGAAAGGCUCGGGCUUGCACCGCCACCACCACCACCACCACCACCACCAGCACCAUCACCAUCAUCACCGCCGCCAUUUACACGAUCAAACUGCUGCUGCAUCCUCAAACGUUAGCCGUCCUCCUUGAUGCUGCGGAAAAUUGAAACCGCACGAGGAAGCCUCUUCUAUCAAACGCGCAUCGUGGCGAUCGAGGACAAACUCCCCGUAACCACACGGCUGCUAUUUUCCAUUUAAGCUGCGGAACCGGGAACUGGAAGCAAGAUAUUGCACCGGUCAAAUGCACUUAGUAGAGGCAUCGCGUCGUUGAGCUAACCAAUUUACGAACAGGCGAAAUUGAAAGAGCAUUUACCAUACCUCGUUUGGAGCGCGUGUUCCGGAUCCCCCCCCCCCCCCAUCCACGAUCCAUACACGGACGGACAUUUCGUUCACCGUAGGGUUGUGUUCCGCGAACCGACGUCUCCGGUACGACGGCUCCCCUCCCCCACCCGAAGCGACCACGGCAACAACGGCGGCGCUGACGAGGCGGAUGGUGGGCGUGGUGGCGAAGGAGAAGGGCAGCAGCGGCAGUAGCAGCACCGGCUCAACCAUGUCGCGCAGCGUACGGGCGGAAACGCGCGCCAGCAAGAAGGAUGACGUGAAGAAGCUGAUGCUGUCGAUGGACCGCGUCCGGCACUGGGAGAAAAAGUGGGUCACGAUCGGGGAAACGUCGAUGAAGAUCUACAAAUGGGUGCCGAUAUCGACCAACGAUAAGAAAAAACCGGCCGGUUCGGCUGGCGGUACGGCCGGGUCCGGCGGUACGGCCGGUAGCAACGCGACCACCAACACCACCGGCCCCGGCAAACCCUCCGCCACGGACGGGCAAACGAAUGGGCAGCCGGGUGGCGGGGCGCCGGGUGGACAGCUAAACGGGGGCAACAGUACGGUGGCGGCCGUCACCGCGAACGGCAAUAGCAAUAGUAGUGAAAACAAGGAAAACAAUAGCAGAAAGCAACUGCCACCACCGCCCGCCGGCACGGAUUCCAACUCGAACUCCAACUUUGGGCUGGCGGAAGACUCCAACACCUGUUUUUCCAUCGUGAGCGAUUCGCAGGGUGCAACCGACUUUGUGUCGAACAUGUUCUCGGAGGAUUCGAACUCCCAGGGCAGUGACAGUGCGCAACCGAAGCGGAUGAAAACGGAGUAAGGUGCACCACCGCGACAUCCCACUAUAGGUAUAGGACAAAACAGUUCCCCCCCACACACUCACACACACUCAUACACAAACUCGUCCCUUGCUCGUUCUCACCGUCAACAGUCAACCCCGCCCGCCCCCCGUACCAACACCCAUGUACAAAGCUCUCAUUAAACGGCACGUCGAGCAUGUCGAGGGGAACGUGUUAAAGCAGCUCGCUGCCAACGGUGGGUCUCGGCAUUUCCCCCCGCCCAGCUAUCAUCAUCAUCGCACACAGAACAGCAGGUUUAAUGAGCACAAGAUGAGGGAAAAAGGGCAAAACGGUGCACCCGGUGCAGGGGCGUGCAGAGGGACGAGCUCUAGACGCUUAACAUGAUUAGCUUUUAAGGAUGUCCGAGUGACUGUGCUUUGCUUUUUUUUUUUCUCCAUUAAUUAUUUUAUUCGUAACCCUUCUACUUCUACCUGCCGUCUACUUUUAUCGCAACCGUUUUCGUUUAGAGUAUAGGUUAGAGUAUUUUAUUUUUCUACGUUCCCUUUUUUUUUUUUUUUGUAAAUGAAUUUCCAACAUUUUCAUGAAGAAAUGAGUACUACUCUAGAUGCUGCCCGUAGAGCCACAGCCAGCAGCAGUUUCUAGCGUUUCCCAAAAGUUUGCUUCAGGAAGCGAACUCGGAGGGUUUGAGGCAUUGGAUAGAACCAGUUUGCGGGUGGAAACACUCGAUCAGAAACCGUGACAGCUCACCCAACCCCCCCCCCCCCCCCCAAUACGCAUGCAGAACACGCCCCAUUGUUUUAAGAUGAAUCGUGUAAGAGCCCCCGGAAGAAGCAACAAAUUUGAACGCCCGUGUAAAGGCAAACAUUAAGGUUAGGUUUAUAAUUGUUAGAAUUUUUUUUUUUGUGAGACGCCCCCACACAUCCACAGCAGGUACCAGAGCUGGUAAUAGCAGCGUAUAAUCCGUAUUGAAGAAUAAAAAAAAACACAUUCAAGAGAGCAAGAUUGAUAGGAAACUAGUCGAGAACGAGAGAGAGAGAGAGAACGAUGAGACAGAAUCAUCAUUGCAGCACGUGCAUUUAGGCUCCCUCAACAACAACCACAAGGAGGGAGAGGAGGAGGUGGACGAGGAACAGCUGUUCAGGGGGGGGUGUGGGAGAGAAGUGUAGGGAUUGAGCCAAGCUGCGCAUAAACCAAUUCCUGGCUCCCUUCAUAUUGCAAAUCAAUUCAUCUCCCCGCAUCUCCCCGGAAGCUGCGAACCAGGACCCAGAGUCCUUAAGUAGGGACGACGACCUUCAGACACUUGCUGUGAUGUGCCGCAAGUAUGCAUGGAUUUCUGAAAUAAAUCACUCCCGUUUUUUUUUUUUUUGUCUCAGC